CCCCCUGCAGCCAGCAUGGGAUCCUGGACCGCUCGCCCUUCCUUCUCCACCAUCUUCUUCUUCUUCUUCGUCUUUGUGGUGUCGGUCAUCUUCCACUGCCACCAGCGCCUGGCCCUGGUGCCCGCCCCCUGGGCCUCCCGCGGCCUCGUGGUCCUGGGCCCCAGGCACCUCCCCCAGGGGGGCAUGUGGACCAUCAACUCCCAAGGCCGCCUGGGCAACCAGAUGGGCCAGUACGCCACGCUGUACGCCCUGGCCAAGAUGAACGGGCGGCCGGCCUUCAUCCCCGCCCAGAUGCACAGCGCGCUGGCGCCCAUCUUCAGGAUCUCCCUGCCGGUGCUGCACGGCGCCGCGGCCAGCAGGAUCCCCUGGCGCAACUACCCCCUCAACGACUGGAUGGAGGAGCAGUACCGCCACCUCCCCUGGGAGUACGUGCGCCUCACGGGCUACCCCUGCUCCUGGACCUUCUACCACCACCUGCGCCCCGAGAUCCUGCGCGAGUUCACGCUGCACGACCACGUGCGGGAGGCGGCGCAGCGGUUCCUCCGGGGCCUGCAGGCCACGCGAGCCCCACGGCUGACCUUCGUGGGUGUCCACGUGCGCCGCGGGGACUACGUCCGCGUCAUGCCGCGGGUGUGGAAGGGCGUGCUGGCCGACCGCGGGUACCUGCGACAGGCCCUGGAUUGGUUCCGGGCCCGCCACCCUGCCCCCGUCUUCGUGGUCACCAGCGACGACAUGGCCUGGUGCCGGCGGAACAUCAACAGCUCCCUCUGGGACGUGGUGUUCGCGGGCGACGGUCGCCAGGGCUCCCCCGCCAAGGACUUCGCGCUGCUCACGCAGUGCAACCACACCGUCUUCACCGUGGGCACCUUCGGGGUCUGGGCCGCCUACCUUGCAGGAGGGGACGCCGUCUACCUGGCCAACUUCACCCUGCCCCACUCCCGCUUCCGCACGAUCUUCAAGCCACAGGCAGCCUUCCUGCCCCAGUGGGUGGGCAUUGCUGCCAACCUUGGGCCUGCUGGAGAAAACAGCCCCUAGCCCUGCACGUGUCCCUCCCUCAUCCUCGGGGGACAGGCGGUGUGUGGGGUCCAGCACAGGGGCUCAGGAUUGGACCCCCAAGUUUGAAUCCAGGCUGCUCUGCUUCUCAGCUGGGUGACCUCGAACAAGUGACUUAACCUCUCUGUGCCUUAGAGUGCCACCUGGGAAAUGGAUGAAAUACAGAAGCUACCUCGGCAGCCGCUCCUGAGAACUCGGUUCAUUUAGAGCCUGGAAACAUGGUGAGUGCUAGCGGCCCAGGAGAUGGGAGCCGAGUUUUGCUCUCUCCUCUGCGGCUCUGGGAGCACAGAGGCCAGAUAUUUUGUCCUUGCCUCCUGGGAGGGUUUGGCGAUGAAGCCAUCCCUGCCCUCAACUAAAGGGGAGUGGG